UUCAGCUGCAAGCCUGGCAGAAGAGCACGACGCUGCGCUGCUCCCGCUGGUUAUUUACAGCAGCGAGAACGCUAGAACAAACUAAAGUAGUGACUUCUACAGAAAAACGUGUCCGUAGUGCAGUGUACGAGUUGUCAGAGCGGUGUGUCCGAACUGUAGGUGUCUACCAGGAGCAGGAGGAGACUCCACGGUGUUGUGUUUACACGCGCUUCAAUCGCCACGUUUCAGAGCGCUAACUUCAUUAGCCUUCUCAAUGGAGGCACUUUUCAGGCGUGAAAAUAAAUCGUACACCACGAGCGACUUAUUAUUUCUUUAAGAAGAAGUGCAUGUCGCUGACUUGUAAGAUUUUUGGCCCCACUUGUGAACAGAAGGCUGUUUGCGAGCGACGGGACAGGGCAGGACAGGACGAGCAAAAGCAAAAUAAAACACACCCUUCAAUGUGAUUUGGUGCACGUCUGGUCUCGGGUUUCUUUUUGUCCUGGUCGAGUUGAGAAGUGAAGAUGGAGGCAGUGGAGGACAAAGGGAAAGGCAAGGAGAAGAGCUUCUCGCUGUGGUAUGUGGGCUGCAGCUCGCUGGACCGCCGCACCACGCUGCCCAUGCUGCCCUGGCUGGUGGCAGAAAUCCGCAGGAAGAGCGAGUCCGGUUCGGUCCAGACUCAGGCUCGGAUGGUGCAGCUCUCUCUCAGCCCCCCUGUAAUCCGCUGCGUUCCGGCCAGCAGCUGCAGCUCGUCCGUCUUCAUAUUUGAGCACAAAGCGCAGUGCAUCUCGCGCUUCAUCCACAACAGCCAUGACCUCGCCUACUUCGCCUACCUCAUCCGCAGUCAGCCGGACGACCCGGAGUGCCAAAUGGCCUGCCAUGUGUUCAAAGCGUGCGACCCCGAUCAGGUGUCGGAGGUCAUUAGCAGCAUCCGACAGGCCUCCAAAAGUGCACUCAAAGAGGAAAGCAAACCGAAGCAGGAGGCUGAGGAGUCUUUUUACAACUCGCAAAAGUUUGAAGUGCUUUACUGUGGCAACGUGACAGUAAACUACAAAAAAGCCCCUUCCACCCUGAUUGACGACUGCAUCGACCUGUUUCGGCAGCACGAGUCAGAGCGUAGGCGUCUGCGCCUGUUGAAUGGCCAGCGCUCUGUGGAGACGCCGGUGGUGUUCACCAUGGGAGACGACCCGCUCAGCGCAUCUCUCUCCGAGACGGCACUCACAGACACAAAUGAGAAAGCAGGUAGCGUGCGCAAUGCUUUCCCCGAGUGCAUUCAGGAGGACUCGGGGUUUGAGCAGCAGGAGUUUCGCACUCGUUGCAACAGCUUGGCAGGUGGCUUACAGAAGAUUCCCAGAGAAGCGGGAGCCAAAGUCCCAACACGUAGGAGACAUGCUAGUGCACCUAACAACGUUCAGCCCUCUGACGCAGACAAGAAUCGCACUAUGCUGUUUCAGGUGGGACGUUUCGAGGUGAAUCUCAUCAGCCCAGACAGCAAGACAGUGGUGCUGGAGAAAAAUUUCAAAGAUAUCUCGUUUUGCUCCCAGGGAGUAAAGCAGACAGAUCACUUUGGGUUCAUCUGUCGUGAUGUGGUGGAGUCUGGACCCGGCCAGUAUCUCUGCUACGUGUUCCAGUGUGCCAAUGAAUCUCUGGUGGAUGAGGUGAUGCUGACUAUGAAGCAGGCCUUCAGUACAGCUGCAGCAUUGCAGAGCUCCAAAACCCAGAUUAAAUUAUGUGAGGCCUGUCCAAUGCAUGACCUGCACAAGCUUUGUGAGCGGAUCGAAGGACUGUACCCUCCUAGAGCAAAGCUGGCCAUUCAAAAAUACCUUUCCCAGCUGAGUGAUAAUGAGCAGGCAGACAUAUUUGAACGUGUACAGAAGAUGAAGCCAAGUUGUGAUCAGGAAGAGAAUGAGCUGGUUAUUCUUCAUCUCAGGCAGCUGUGUGAGACCAAGCAGAAGACGCACGUCCAUAUUGGAGAAGGUCCUCAGAGUGCCAUAAGUUCAGAGAGUGGAGCUGGACGGAACAAGCUGGACUUGCUGAAAAAUAAGGCACGCAGCUCCCUCACCAGCUCCCUGGAGAACAUCUUUUCAAGGGGUGCAAACCGGAUGCGCAUGCGUCUAGGAAGCAUGGGCAGCUUUGACCGACCAGACGAGUCCCCUGGUGAGUCCCCUCCAGGGACUCCCCCUGUGGCCUUGGACGAGGACCCUGACGCUCCUUUGUUUCGCCGAAGAGCACACACCUUCAGCCACCCUCCAAUCAAGAAGAGGAUCUCUUUCACAGAGUUACCGACACAGCCUAAGGUUCCUCUGCACAGACAACAAUCUGUUGCUCCAGAGCUGCUGCAGAGCAGUCUGGUACGUGUGCCAAGAAAACGCAGUGUCUCUGAGGGGGAGUCUUCCUUCAACCUUCCCUCCUCCUUCUCCACUUCCACUUUCCUGAAAAGUUUUUACCUGGGCUCCUUCGGCUCACUGGCCUCCCUGCCGGACAGCCCCAAGAGUAAUGGAGAGGACAGAAAUAGGAGGUUGUCUGGUUGCAGCAGUGACUCGGUGACAGCAGUGACUACGCGCAAAGUGUCUUGGCGUCAGAAGAUUUUCCUAAGGGUGGCUUCACCCAUGAACAAAGCCUCAGCCUCUAUGCACAAGACUGAAAUGGAUGGCAGUGAGCUGCUGCCGCUUUCUCCCCGUGCCUUACAACAAGAGCAGGAUUCCCUAUCCGGGUUGCUUUCCUCCACUCAAAGUCUGAGAGGAGAGACUGGAUGCCGCACCGCUACUGAUUAUAGAGCACUGUGGAAGAAGGCCAUUCAUCAACAGAUUCUCCUUAUCCGCAUGGAAAAGGAGAACCAGCGCCUGGAGGCCAGCCGAGAUGAGCUACACAUCCGUAAAAUGAAGCUGGACUAUCAGGAGGUAGGUGAGUGUCCUACAGAGGUGCAGGCACUGUGGGAGAAAAAGCUGAAUGUGCCUUGCAGGACCAAAGUGCAAUGGGAUAAAGAUGAGAUUCAAACUGCUCUCUGCCAGGGUGUCCCAAAAAGUCGGAGAGGUGAGGUGUGGCUGCUUCUCUCACAGCAGUAUCGCCUACGCCACCGUCUACCUCAGCGGCAGCAGCCUCCCGAUACAUCCUACCAGGAUCUGCUUAAGCAACUCACCACACAGCAGCACGCCAUCCUGGUGGACCUGGGUCGCACAUUCCCGACACACACGUACUUCAGUGCACAGCUAGGAGCAGGCCAGCUUUCCCUCUAUAACCUGCUAAAGGCUUACUCUUUAUUGGAUACGGAGGUGGGCUACUGCCAGGGCAUCAGCUUCGUAGCUGGGGUGCUGCUUCUGCACAUGAGCGAGGAGCAAGCCUUUGACACACUGAAGUUUUUAAUGUACGAUCUGGGGCUGCGGCGCCAGUACCGGCCUGACAUGAUCUCUCUGCAGAUUCAGAUGUACCAGUUGUCUCGGCUGCUGCAUGACUACCAUCGUGGUCUGUAUUCUCACCUGGAGGAGCAUGAGAUCGGCCCUAGCCUGUAUGCAGCGCCAUGGUUUCUCACACUCUUCGCCUCCCAAUUUCCCCUCGGCUUCGUCUCCCGCAUCUUUGACCUGCUGUUUGUCCAGGGUACAGAUGUGAUUUUUAAGGUGGCCCUGUGUUUGCUGAGCAGCCAUGAGGGAGAGAUUCUGGAGUGUGACAGCUUUGAGAGCAUCGUAGACUACCUGAAGUCUACCAUACCCACCCUCUCACACAACCAGAUGGAAGAAACAAUCACCAAGGCUUUAGAGAUAGACAUAUCCAAGCAACUGCAUGCCUAUGAGGUGGAGUACCACGUCCUACAGGACGAGAUGGUGGACGCCGCUCCACUUUCGGAGGAAUCAGACAGGCUGGACAAACUCGAGAAGACCAAUGCCCAGCUUAAAAUGCAAAAUAUGGAUCUGCUGGAGAAACUGCAGGCAGCACGGGUGAAAAUACAGACUCUCGAGAACAGCGUAGAAAGCUUUCUGGCACGUGAGAGCCAGAUGAAGCACAUGAUCCGCUCACUGGAGCAGGAGAAGGCCAACUACCAGAAGACCAUUGAGCGCAUGCGCUGCAGCCUCCCUGCAGACUCAGCUGACGUGGAAAUGACCCAGCUGAAGAUAAGCAAUGACAGCAAAACCAAAGCAGCCACCAAAUAAUUUUGAUUUAGCAAGUGUGUCCCUACUGAACAUGUAGAUUACAUCCAUGUGCUGAGGAGUUAUUCCCUAGCAUAGCUUUUAAGGAGCUGUUAAACUUUAGGCACAUGUCAAACUGACCAUGACUAAGAUCUGGGGGUCUUUACCGUGGAGGAAGUGUAACAAACAUUUAGCUGUCUGUGUACUUCCAUGGCUAAAAAAAACAUGCCCACAUGUCCUAUAAGUCUUGCUUCACCCCAUUGUACUGAAUUUACUUUAGGUUUAGGGAUCAUGGCUGGUAUGUAGAACAGAAACUUUGCUUCAAUGUCAGCUGUGUUGAAAACACUUGAAAGCAAGAUGAAUGUAUUUUUUAUUUUUUCCAAAGUGCAGUAUGACUCAUGGCUGUGCAAGGAGGAUCGCUGCCUUGAUGUCGGCAUAUGCUUUAAAAAUGGCAGGCAGUGUGACUUUGAGCUUGCCGGGGAACUUUUCCUGAAGGAACACAACAAAAGCGGCAGUGACGCCAUCGACCGCCAAAAACCAAAAUAUUUAGCUUAUCAGAUCGACACACUGCUCAAAGAGCUUAACCCAAAGUUCAAGCAGGAAAUGAAACUCGUUCUGAAUUUCCUCUGACUUUGCAGCACCAUCCAAAUUUAACUUACUCUCCAAACUCCUACACCUCGCUGGCAGUUCAUCAGUUACUGAAUGUGCUUCAAGGCAAAUCAGGCUUGCUGAAGACAGGAAGCGCCUACCACGCUGUCUGCCACGAUGCUGCAACGUAUGCUCAUGAGUUAUGCAAGCUACAUGGUUUAAAAAAAAAAAGUUUGUUUGCACAGGGCAUUUAAUGUGUUAAAAUAUUCUAUGCAGGUGUGCAAAUUCUUCAGGUGUCUAAGAAUUCUGAAAAAGAAAGAAAAACAAUCCCCUGGGAAAAAGAACCCCUGUAAUCCACUGGUAACUUCUUCUUUUUUUUUAACAUAACAAUCUGUUUUGUCAUGUACUACAAACUCAUUUGUAAAAAGGUUUCUAAAAUCUGCGCAAAUAUAAAGCAUGUGCAGGAUGCUUUGUUUUUUA